GAAACAACAAUGGACGAAGAAACAACCAUGGAAGUGCACCGAGUUGUCCCACCACCCCACAAGAGCAACCUACAUAAAUUCAGGGCCAAGUUUAAGGAAACAUUUUUCCCUGAAGAUCCUCUGCGCCAAUUUAAGGGACAACCUCCUAAGAAAAAACUAAUCCUCGGAGCACAAUAUUUGUUCCCUGUGGUUCAAUGGCUUCCUACUUACAGCUUCAAACUCUUUAAAUCUGACCUUAUUUCUGGUUUCACCAUUGCUAGCUUAGCCAUCCCUCAGGGAAUCAGUUAUGCCAAGCUUGCAAGUCUUCCUCCAAUUGUGGGACUCUAUUCUAGUUUUGUUCCCCCACUUGUGUAUGUUGUUCUUGGAAGUUCAAGGGAUCUUGCUGUGGGACCUGUUUCUAUUGCUUCUCUUGUGUUGGGAUCCAUGCUCACACAGGAAGUGUCUCCCACUGCCGAGCCUGAUUUGUUUCUUAAGUUAGCUUUUACUUCAACAUUCUUUGCUGGUCUCUUUCAAGCUGCUCUAGGGAUUCUAAGGUUAGGAUUCAUCAUUGAUUUUCUAUCCAAGGCAAUUCUUCUUGGAUUCAUGGCUGGAGCUGCUGUAAUUGUGGCUCUGCAACAGCUCAAGAGCCUCUUUGGCAUCACAAAUUUCACUAAAAAGAUGGCCAUAAUUCCUGUUAUGAGUUCUGUUUUUCAUAAUAUAGACGAGUGGUCAUGGCAAACAAUACUGAUGGGGAUGUGCUUCUUGGUGUUACUAAUGGUAGCAAGACACAUUAGCAUGAGGAAGCCAAAGCUAUUCUGGGUCUCAGCUGGAGCUCCUCUUGUGUCUGUCAUCAUCUCUACCAUCCUUGCAUUUGUAAUCAAGGCUCAACAUCAUGGCAUCAGUGUGAUUGGCAAAUUGCAACAAGGAGUAAAUCCUCCUUCUGCAAAUAUGUUACUCUUUCAAGGAACUCAUCUAGGUCUAGUCAUGAAAACUGGCAUUAUCACUGGCAUUUUAUCCCUCACGGAAGGAAUUGCAGUGGGAAGGACAUUUGCGGGUCUCAGAAACUACAAAAUUGAUGGAAACAAGGAAAUGAUAGCAAUUGGGUUCAUGAAUGUGGUUGGCUCCACCACAUCCUGCUAUGUCACAACAGGAUCUUUCUCUCGCUCAGCUGUGAAUCAUAACGCAGGUGCAAAAACAGCAAUGUCAAACGUAGUAAUGUCUGUGACAGUCUUGCUGACACUCCUGUUUGUGAUGCCAUUAUUUCAAUACACUCCUAAUGUUAUAUUGGGCGCAAUCAUAAUAACAGCAGUGAUUGGCCUCAUUGACAUCCCUGCUGCUUAUCUCAUUUGGAAGAUAGACAAAUUUGAUUUCGUUGUGAUGUUGACUGCAUUCUUUGGUGUGGUUUUCAUCUCUGUCCAGUUCGGCCUUGCUGUUGCAGUAGCCUUGUCAAUUUUGAGGAUCCUCCUGCAAAUUACAAGGCCUAAAACAGUAAUGUUGGGGAACAUACCAGCGACAAACAUAUAUAGAAAUCUUCAUCAUUAUAAGGAAGCUACAAGAACACCUGGUUUUCUUAUUUUAAGUAUAGAGGCUCCCAUCAAUUUUGCAAACAUCACAUAUCUCAAUGAAAGGAUAUUGCGAUGGGUAGAAGAAGAAGAAGCCACCAUCAAGGAAAGAUUAUGCCUUCAAUUUGUGAUUCUGGAAAUGUCAGCUGUGAGCGCUAUAGACACAAGCGGAGUCUCACUUUUCAAGGAGUUGAAAACAGCAUUGAUAUUGAAGAGUGUUGAGCUUGUGUUGGUGAAUCCUCUAGCUGAGGUCAUAGAAAAGCUGAAAAAAGCAGAUGAAGCUAAUGAUUUCAUUCGAGCAGAAUACCUUUUCUUAACAGUUGGAGAGGCUGUAACUUCACUUUCGUUAGCAAUGAAGGGCCAAUCAUCAACCAUGGAAGAAGAGGUACAGACAAUUGUGACUGAGUACUAA